AAAGUUAUUUGUACAUAGACAACGUUCUAGUGAGUUUGUAUAAGAGGAGUCAAGAGUCAUUGUACAUCCCGUACAACUGAAUGCUCUCCAACAAGGAAGGAAGAAAAGUGAACUUUUUGUGAGAUAUAAUACUGACUUCUUGGUUCUCAUCCACAAUGUACAGACGUUGGGUAUAUAUGUGUCUUAUAUUCUAUCUUACUUUGGAAACUUCUGAUUCACAGUGUACUGACGACAAAACUUGUAAAUGUCACUGCAGUUGUUGUUCAAACUGCCUUGGAUUUUAUUGUUCGUCGUGCAACAGAGAAGGCUGGAGUGGUUCAACUACCAAUCAAUGUCAGAGAAAGAAUAUAGCUUAUAAUCAAACAACCACCCAAAUUUCAACAGUUAGGGACUCAAGCAAUGCAGUAGAUGAAGAUAGCUCAACAUAUUCCAGGACUCAAUCUGAGGAAAAUCCUUGGAUAAUAGUGAAUUUUGAUAAAAUCGAAAGAGUAAAACACAUGUUCAUAACACUUUCUGCAGGAUAUGGACAUAACUUUAUAGUAUAUGUGACGAAUUCGUCAAAUGAGAAUUUAAAUCAAGAAUCUUUCUGUGCUGAAACAUGGAAUUAUAAAAAACAGCGAUUGAAAUGGAACAUUACAUGUAAAAAUAACCAAGUAAUUACCGGUGAUCAAGUUCUACUAGAGAGAAAAACAAAUGGAGGAAGUUUGACCGUGAUUGAUAUCAAAGUGUUCCAAUGCAGCGCAGGUACCUACGGGUACUGGUGUAACAAGAUGUGCGUAAAGUGUUUGGACAAUCAAUGUGACGGAUUCACGGGAGUUUGCACAAAAGGCUGCAAGAGUGGUUGGUAUGGAGACAGGUGUGGCGUAGAGUGUCCCUCUGAAUGUGAAAGUGGUUCCUGUGACAGAUAUAAAGGGUGUACAGAUUGUCGUGAUGGCUACAACGGGGCUGACUGUAAUAAAUGCACAUCAGGUACUUAUGGCAAAAACUGUAGUUUGAAAUGUGUGAAUUGUGAUACAUAUUCUUGUAACAAUGUCAAUGGAUGUCAACAAUGUUGGAGUGGUUUCUAUGGACCGAGUUGUAAUAAGCCCUGUCCAGAAGGUUGCAGGAAUGAUGAAUGUGAUAAAGAAUCUGGACUCUGUUCUGUGGGAUGUAAAGACGGAUACAAAGGCUCGGAUUGUCAACAACCUUGUGACAGUCGAUGUGCAACUUGUGAUACAAACGAUGCAUGUAUUUCUUGUGUAGACGGAAGCUAUGGUCAACAAUGUGAACUAGUUUGUCCAGAAACGUGUGGUGGGAAAAAGUCUUGCGAUAGAAUCAACGGUCAGUGUCAUGAAUGCGUUGCUGGAAAAUAUGGUGGAAAUUGUACAGAGUCCUGUAGUAAGAAUUGUGUCUCUGCUGGCAUCUGUAAAAGGAAUGGGGAAUGUCUAAGUGGCUGUAUCAAUGGAUGGAUAGGUGCGAAAUGCGAUAAAAAUUGUCUAGAAAACUGUUCACAGUGUGUACUGUCUACGUCUGAAAUUGUGUGUGAAAAAUGUGACGAAGGACACUACCUAGACAGUGACAGGAAGUGUCAAAGCUGUCCAUCGAACUGUUUAUCGUGUGACAGUGAGUCGAAAUGUACCCGAUGCAAAGAAAGGUUUACUGGAAAUUUGUGUGAAAGUAAAUGUAACGUGAAUUGCAUUGAUGAUUUAUGUGAAAUUGAUGGCCGCUGUUUAUUUGGAUGUAGUAACAGGAAGCAUGGCAUUGGAUGUACCACGGAUUGUAGAGAGAAUUGUGUGCAUUGUUACAAUGGUAACAACUGUACACGAUGUUUACCGGGACAUUACGGAAUAUAUUGCACUCGUAAUUGUUACAGAAACUGUUACAACUGUACUUCAGGUUCAUAUGAUUGUGAAGCAUGUAAACCUGGAUUUUAUGGAAGUUACUGUGAGAACGGUUGUUCUUCUGAUUGCCUGACCUGUGACUCGGCAGAUUCAUGUACUUCCUGUAGAGAAAGCUGGUCAGGUAGCUCUUGUCAGUGUAAUUCAAAAUGUGCUGAUGGAUGUGGAAACAAUGGAAAAUGUUGGAAUGGAUGUAAAGGUUCUUUUUAUGGUGACUAUUGUGACACCCCCUGUCCAUUGGAUAGCUGUGAGAAAUGUGAUCAAACGUUUGGAAACUGUACAGAAUGCACGAAGGGGCGACACGGAAUCCAUUGUGAUAUGGAUUGUAGUGGGACAUGUCUGGAAUCCGCGUGUGAUAUCGCUGGUGGGUGUCUCCGGGGUUGUGUAGAGGGGUUUUCUGGGACAAACUGUGCUGAACAGAUGGAAGGUAUGGAAGAGAAUAAGGGUGUCCCGUUGUAUGCGUAUCCAUUGAUAGGAUUCCUGCUAGUAGCGACAGUUGUGGUCAUCGUGGUGUUAUUUGUAAGAAGAAACUUGCAGAAAAAGCAUAAAGUCUUAUCACCAUAUUUAGACAAAGAGAUGAAAGUGACUACGUUACUUACAGAAGAUGCCCCAGUCUAUGCAAAUAAUGACAUUCAACAUAGCGACAGUCCAGCAUUCCAGAAACGGUCUAUCUAUAAGGAAAAUUCGCCAUACAAUUUACGAGGAUCCCAAGCAUACCUUAUCGAGCUCGAUCCUAAUGACGUAGAUGAAAUCGACUUGCCGGUGCAUGCUGAGACAGACUAUUACAAUAUAAAAAUAACUCUCGUCCCGAUUGAUCAACUUUGGGAAAAUGUACAGGAAAAGAAAUUCAGGGGAGAAUUCGACAAGGAAUUCGAGACCAUUCCAAACGGGUUAUUAGACUCGUACAAAGAAGCCUUGAAACCUGAGAAUCGUUCUCGAAAUAGAUACAAGAAAAUGUAUCCUUAUGAUGUAUCCAGAGUAAUUCUGCAAAUAGAAAACGGAACCAGAAAUCUGGACUUCAUCAAUGCUAGCUUUGUAAAUGGUUUCGAAAAAGAAAAAGAAUACAUUGCAGCCCAAGGGCCCUUCACACCAGAAACUGUAUACGAUUUUUGGAGAAUGAUAUGGCAACAGAACUGUGGGAAAAUCAUAAUGCUUACAAAUCUUGAUGAAAAUAAAGUGAUGAAGUGCAAGAAGUAUUGGCCAGACACAGAAGAUGAAUAUGGCCAUUUUAAUGUAAAACUGGAGAAAGAAGACAUUUCGGCAAACUACACAAUACGAGAAUUUACAUUGUCUGCAGCAAGACAGACUCCGAAAGGGAAAGCAAAGAUCAUUACGCAAUACCAUUUCACCUCGUGGCCAGACAAGGGCGUGCCACGAAAUGUGACGUCGAUAGUAGAGUUUAGAAACAAAGUUAUCAGCUCUGCUGGGAAACUAAAUGGACCAAUGCUUAUUCACUGCAGCGCUGGCGUUGGCAGAACGGGAACAUUUAUGGCACUGGACUUCCUGAUAAAACAGGGAGAGCGGGAAGGGAGUGUUGACGUCAUCAACUGCGUGGCCAGGAUGCGUCAGCAAAGAGUGCAUGUCGUGCAAACAGUGGAACAAUACAUGUUCUUACAUGAUGCAGUGAUUGAAGGUCUGACAGAAGGAAAGAGUGUUGUGACGGCCGCCGAGUUUCCCGAGUAUUACAGUCAUCUAAAACGUCUGAACCCCUCAACCCAAAAGAGUGAAAUAUGGGAACAAUUUCAGCUCAUCAACAAAUUGUCGCCAGAAUUUGACGAGAGACAUUUUAAAACUGCUAAACUGAAGGAAAAUAGAUGUAAAAAUAGAUACAACAAUGUCCUUGCAAGUGAUAACUACAGAAUAUUCAUUUCAAGUGGUGACAGUAAUUAUAUUAACGCCAUUCAAAUCCCGGGCCACAAGAACAGGAAUGCAUUCGCUCUAACACAAAUGCCUUUGGAAAACACUGUCCAAGAUUUCUGGUAUCUGGUUUUAGAGCAGGAUGUGUCCACCAUUGUUAUGAUGAAUUCUUACAAACGUGACAAGAAUGUCGGAAUCUACUGGCCUGAAGACAGGGAGGAAGCGACAUUUGGGCCAAUCAAAGUAAAUCUCUUGGAGAAGGAAACUGGACACUCUCCUUUCCACAUUCUGAAAUUGAAAGUUUCCAACAUUAAGACCAAAGAGGAGAGAGUUUUGAAACAGUUCCAGUGCAAAUUUUGGUCGGAAGAUGCGGUCACGCCUGAGAGACCAGAACCAAUGCUAGAGAUGAUAAAGGAAGUGAAUACUUGGCAACGACAAUUCAACAAUCCUACCAUCGUUGUACAUUGCAUGAAUGGUGCAAAGAAAAGUGGUCUUUUUUGCACCGUCGCCACCGUUAUUGAGAGAUUGCGCACCGAACUGGAAGUUGGGGUUCUGCAGACAAUUGUACAAAUGAGGACUCGUCGCUCUCAAAUCGUAUCUAGUAGGGAACAGCUGAUCUUCUGCUAUGAUGCUGUAUUGGCCUAUUUAGACAUGUUUAAUACUUACGCAAACUUAACCUGAGAAAGACAUCGUUGAAAUGUGUAUAAAUAUGUGAUUUUGUUAUUUAAAUGUUGUAUAAUCAUACUGAAUGUAAAAAUGUGUAUACCGGUAUUAUCAUUUCAAUCAUCCCACUGAAAAUGGCUAUAUUCUAUAUACAUGUUGAAAAUGUAUGAACUUUUUUGAAUUUCACGUUAAGGUUUCUGUUUUUAUAUUCAUACACGGAACAGACGAAAUUGACCGAGUCAACACAUUAUAGUUGCUACAGAGUAUCGUCAUAUCGUACUAUAUUGUGUCAUGAAAUACACAGCGGGCGUGACCGGUCAGCAGAUGAUUUUUACUCUCCUAUGCACCUGACCUUUUCUCUGGUGUUACCGGAGAUCCCUUCCUGUCCUAAUCUCAAUGAACUGAGAACGAUAGUAUUGUUUCGCCGCCAAUCUUCUGGUUAAUUUUUAAUAAUUAUCAUUUUAAAAUUAUUUUUUAUGUCAAUAUAGAUAUUUAAAUUUUCAUAAAAAUUGAUUUAGUUGACAAAACAAAGAGAGAUAACUUUAAUUUGGGUUAAAAUCGCGUCUUUCACAAUAGAAAUUAAAUGGAAAUCCCCCCCCCCCCCCCUCCCAAACACAAAUUCCUUUUUGCAGGUAUUGCAUGUAUAUAUAGUCAUUUAGCAAAUUUAUACCAAAACUUUUGUUGUUUCAUCGGGGGGGGGGGUGGGGGGUGGGGGGUGGGAGGGGGGGAGGGCAUAUGUCUACAGACCAAACUACAGCGAUAAUGUUCACUCUGUGGUAUAUUGCAAAUGAGGUUAAUGUGUAAGAAAUGAAGAUUAACCAUUUUUUUACUCAAUAAUAUCAAAUAAUUUGACAAAUAAAUGGUUCAACGAACACAUUUUCUAACCUCUAAUCAUAAGGAGUUGAAAUUAAGAGCAGUUAAUAAAAAAACACUAGUAUUGAAGUUAAUAAUCAAUAAUCAUUGGAUUCUACUUUCAAUUUAAAACACUAUCAUUAGCCAAAUUGCAAAGCUUUAUAAAAUAUACGAGUUAAAAAUGUAGCCGGGAAUCCAGAGUUAGAGUGCGUAGUUCUUGGUAGACUUGUAGAAUGUAUGAGAUUGGUUAAUUUUCGUAUUAUCUUCCCUUUUUAGCUUACCUGAGCUGAAAGCUCAAGUGAGCUUUUCUGAUCGCCUUUUGUCCGUCGUCUGUUCGUCCGUCUGUAAACUUUUUUUUUUUUUUUACAUUUCCGACUUCUUCUCCAGAACCACUGAACCAAAUAUAACCAAACUUGGCCAAAAGCAUCCUUGGGUAAAGGGCUUUCAAGUUUGUUCAAAUGAAGGGCCAUGCCCCCUUCAAAGGGGGAGAUAAUCACAAAAAUGCAAAAAUAGGGUGGGGUUAUUUAAAAAUCUUCUCAAGAACCACUGAGCCUGAAGAACUGAAAUUUACAUAAAAGCUUCCUGGCAUAGUGCAAAUUCAAGUUUGUGAAAAUCAUGGCCCCUGGGGGUAGGGUGGGGCCAUGAGAGGGGGUCAAAGUUUUACAUACAAAUAUAUAGGGAAAAUCUUUAAAAUCUUCAUCUCAAAAACUACAUGUACUUGGCCAAGAAAGUGGAAAUGUACAUGAAAGCUUUCUGACAUAGUGCAGAUUCAGGUUUGUUAAAAUCAUGACCCCCGGGAGUAAGAUGAGGCCACAAUUGGGGGUCGAAGUUUUACAUACAAAUAUAUAGGGAAAAUCUUCUCUACAACCACGGAGUCAGAAAAACUGAUAUUUACAUGAAAGCUUUCUGACAUCGAGCAGAUUCAAGUUUGUUAAACUCAUGACCCCUGGGGUUAGGAUGGGGCCACAAUUGGGGAUCAAAGUUUUAAAUAAUUAAUAAAUAGGAAAAAAAUCUUUAAAAAUUUUCUCCUUAAGAACAAUUGGGCUAAAGAAGUUUACAUUUGCACAAAAGCUUCCUGCUUUAGUGCAGAUUGAAGUUUGUUAAAAAUCAUGGUCCCCAGGGGUAAGAUGGGGCCACAGUAGGGGAUCAAAAUUUUACAUACAAAUAUAUAGGGAAAAUCAUUAAAAAUCGUUUGAUGAAAAAUUACUCGCCAGAAAAGUUUACAUUUACAUGAAAGCUUCAAGACAUAGUGCAGAUUAAAUUUGGUAAAAAUCAUGGCCCCGGGAGUAGAUUGGGCCACAAUAGGGAUAAAAGUUUUACAUGCAAAUAUAUAGGAAAAAUCAUUAGAUAUGAGCCAAGGUGACUCAAGUGAGCGAUGUGGCCCAUGAGCCUCUUGUUCUUAAUUUUGUCACAAAUCAAACACAUCUUUAAUUUUGUUUCAUGUUUUCAUAUGCUACCAUUCUUUCACGGCACUAAUUUUAAUCAAUAAUAUCGAUUACAAUGCGCUAGCCUACGAGAGGGUCUGUAUGUGAAACGCUGAAGCAAUGUGAAGUAUCGAUCGAAGAACACCGUUUCUCAAUGUUAUAAACAGAAAAAAAUGGCGCUUUACAGACCGUUUCUUACCUCUGAAUUUGCAUUAAUAGCAGUAUUACUAUUAAAUGUGACUGAUGCCACAGUGAAAUUGGAAUUCUGCUCUUUUUUCGGCAACAGGGGGCCCAAGCCUCAAUCGAAUUUACGAAAUUGUACGUGGUAUCAAUCGAAUUCAUGCUGCAUGCAAGAAGAGAUCGAUGCAACUUUUGGAAAGGUGAAACCAUUAAUCGGUGCUUCUCUGCUGUGCCAAAGAUAUACGAACUACCUUAUGUGUUAUAUAUGUGCACCUCAACAAAAUGAGUUCUACAAAUUCGAAAGACUGACUGUGUGUGAAGACUUUUGCGAACAUUGGUUUAAGGCAUGUGGAUCAGCUAUUCUGAAAGGGGUCGUGAUAAAGGAUUUAUACAACAACGGGAGAGCAUUCUGUAAGGGUCGCUCAUUCGAGGUUGACAUUAAGGAAAAUAACAUGUGUUACAGAUUUGACACCAAUCAAGACAAAUCUAGCAAAGGAAAUGUAUUCUUGGUGAAUGAGUUGCUUCGUUUUGUGUGCUUAAUUUCGGUUUUAAAUAGAGUCUUAUAUUGAUUAGUUAAUCCAUUUCAGCCUUUUUACAACGAACAUUAGUAUUGUAGUUUGACGUAUUUCAUUGUUGCAUAUUUCAUAGAUUUAUUUGUCUGUAUAUAUGUACGUUUAAUUAAAAUAUGGUAGAGACUAUAAA